UUCGUCCCGUAGCACUUCCGACCAUGACGAAAACAAGUCUCACAUGGUGCUUUUACAUGGGUUAGCGAAGUGGGUAAUUACAUUGAGUGAGAAAUCGGAAGAUUGUAUGUGAUUUUUACCACUAAACGUUGUCCACGCAAAAAAUCAAAAUGGGAAAGAAGAAAUCUGGAGGUGGUGGCACGGGACUGGGAAGAGCUUUAAUAAAGGAGAGGCUUAUGGCAGGUCGUGGCAACAGACGUGCAGAUUCUUGGCUCCACACGAGUGAGCUGAACGACGGGUACGACUGGGGGCGCCUGAACUUGCAGUCCGUCACAGAGCAGAGCUCCCUGGACGACUUUCUGGCCACCGCAGAACUCGCAGGGACGGAGUUUAUAGCCGAAAAGCUCAACAUCAAGUUCGUGCCUGCGGAAUCCAGAUCGGGUCUGCUGACGUCGGAAGAGACCAAAAGGCUUAAUAAGCUCCACGAGGAGAAUAAACAGUUACUACGCAUACCUCGCAGACCGGAAUGGGACGAGAGCACGAGCCCAGAAGCUCUUCAGCAGGCGGAGAGAGACAGCUUCCUGGAGUGGAGACGGGAACUGGCGACGCUGGAAGAAGAUCAGAAUUUGAUUCUCACCCCAUACGAACGGAAUCUAGACUUCUGGAGACAGCUCUGGAGAGUCAUAGAGAGGAGUGACCUUGUAGUGCAGAUUGUGGACGCCAGACACCCCUCCCUGUUCCGAUGUCCGGACCUCGAGCGCUAUGUGAAGGAGGCGUCUCAGCACAAGGAGAACAUGCUGCUGGUGAACAAGGCCGACCUGCUGACGCGGGAGCAGCGGCGGGUCUGGGCGCGGCACUUUGAGAGGGACGGCAUCCGGGCCGUCUUCUGGUCCGCCCUGGCAGAGAACGCGCGGCUGGAGGCCGAGGAGAAGGGAGAGGCCUAUGGUGAGGAAGAGGAGGAGCUGAGUGACGAAGAGGAGGUGGCGAGGGAGGACGAGGAGGAGGAGGGAGGAGACGUGGAUGAAGAGGAGAGGAGGGACACGUUUGAGGACUGUGUGGAGGAAGGCGACUGGCAGACGUGCUCAGAGGGAUCAGAGGAAGAGGAAGAAGAGGAGGAGGAAGAGGAGGGAAAGGAGGAAACCGGCUCCCCUGGCACUGCCUCCUUCCACAACUCCAGCCGCCUCCUGAGCAAAGAUGAGCUGCUGGCUCUGUUCAAGACUGUCCACUCAGGCACCAAGCUGAAGGAAGGCCAGAUUACAGUUGGACUGGUUGGGUAUCCCAACGUUGGGAAAAGUUCCACGAUUAACACGCUUCUCAGGAAUAAGAAGGUGUCAGUGUCGGCCACGCCUGGACACACUAAGCACUUUCAGACGCUGUUCGUGGAGCCGGGCCUGUGUCUGUGUGACUGCCCCGGCCUCGUCAUGCCCUCCUUCGUGUCCACCAAGGCCGACAUGAUCUGCAGCGGGAUCCUCCCCAUCGACCAGAUGAGGGACCACGUUCCCGCCAUCUCUUUAGUGUGUCAGAAUGUUCCCCGGGCCGUGCUGGAGGGCACGUACGGCAUCAGCAUCAUCCGCCCGCGCGAGGACGAAGACCCCGAGCGCCCGCCCACCGCCGAGGAACUGCUCAUGGCCUACGGAUACAUGCGCGGCUUCAUGACCACGCACGGUCAGCCUGACCAAUCCCGCUCCGCGCGCUACGUGCUGAAGGACUACGUCUGCGGAAAGCUGCUGUACUGCCACCCUCCCCCCCACAUCGCCCCCGAAGACUUCCAGCCGCAGCACGGCAAGUUUGACCCUCGGCGCGUUGCCGAGCAACAGGACCCCAACCAGGAAGUGAAAAGGCCGCGUAAAAUCAAGAGGAUCGAGAACACCGUGGACAAAGACUUCUUCCACCGGGAGAACGUGAGGGCUCUGACCAAGGGUGUGCAGUGCGUUAUGGGAUACAAGCCUGGGAGCGGUCCGGCGGUCCCGGGAACGCCAGGCCCGGAACAAGCCGCCGGGAAGCCCUGGAAGAAGCACGGAAACAGGAACAAGAAGGAGAAAGUGCGCAGGCUCACUAAACACCUGGACGCCUGAACGCACACCUGGAUGCCUGACAGCACACCUGGAUGCCUGAACACAUACCUGUGAAACACCUGGCGGCCCUCUUCUGAAGCACCUGGACUCCCGACCGCAUCUGGUCUAUCCUUGGGCCCAGAGGGUUUAACCCUUGAGACAAAAAUCAUGAAUCAUAAAAAUAUUUAAAAAGCAUAAAUAUUGAAAAUAAUUGUAGAAAUGUUUGUUGAAUUUCAGGACUUCUGUGGAUUGAAGAAAACUGUACAGGCUUUGCUGAGAAAAUUAUUUUGCAACCUGUGAUACUAUUUGGAGUGGAACAAUCCGCAUUUAGGAGGUGUAGUUUAAAAAAAUGUAAAGGCUUCACAGCAAAGAGUAUAAAUUCCACUUCCUAUUCCAUUGAAGAGGAAAUUUACCUUCUUCAAAUGAACAUGAUGAGCAAGUACAACAGAUAUCUUGGCAAGCUACAACUCUAUGAAUUUCUGGCAAGUGCUGAGUUUUAGAUGUGUACUUGCCAUAAGAUUGUCUGUAAAGUAAUUGUCUGGAAUAUUGUCUGUAAAAUAACUUUAGUCCGGUUUCAGUCCCUCCCUCCCAAGUACUGUGGUCCGUUGUGGAGGUUCCUCAGUCAGUGAUUGGCUCAGUUUCCAGGUCCAGGGACUGUCUGUUGCAUCACAAGAGGAAAUGAGUGAAUAAGAGUGUGGCCAGAUCUCUGGAAGGGUAGAGUCGCACAGUGAUGAUGUCACAGAGGAUACAGUGGAAGUAAACCCAGACUGUACCUAGUAGAAUGAAUCUCUUCAGCAAUCGCUCGGUCCAUUUUGAAAUGGCAGAAAAUGUCACCACAAGCUUACAGUACAUGACAGUCUUAUAAAGUUACAGGACUUUGAAUUCAAAGAUUUUUCAGAGUGAAAUUGCUUAGAUGACAAAUUGUUUUCUUUGUAACUAAAACAAUGUAUUGGAAUUAUUUUAAGACCUCUGUUCCAUUUUGAUGAAAUGCUAAUACUGUAGAGCACAGUAUAUAUUUUUCUAAACAGGCUUAAUCAUUAGUCUUUGACUUUGCUAUACAAGUACUAAUCUUGGAAUGGAAGCAGUAUUGGAGUAGCACUGAAGAAAUCCUCGGUCACAGUUUGUGGUUUAUUAUGAAUUUCAUAAGAGAUGUUUCUCUGGACGUCAGUGUGUGAUUACAACAAAAACGUGUUGUUUGAUCUUAAUGAAUUGUUAAUUAAAUUACAUUGAAUAUGAA